UGCUCUCCUUGGAUAAGCACACACGUGGCAUCCCUGUGACAGUGGGAAGCGCCCUUGGAGAGCUGCACAGGCGGUUCUGGAGGCCAAAAGUCGGUAGGAGCAGAGAACAAAGGAACCCCCAGCCCUGCCUGCCCUGCAGUCACCCAGCAGCACUGUGUUUCUUCAGGGCUCGAGGUAUUUGACAAGCCCCCCGUGGCUCCGACGCGUGCUGAUCUGAGAUGUCCCUGAAGCACGAGGGCCAUGCAGCUGCUUCAGCGCUGAAGAGGAUCGCUGCAGACAUGAGCAACAUCAUCGAGAGCCUGGACACCCGUGAGCUGCACGUUGACGGGGAGGAGGUCGACUCAGAGGUGCUGAGUGAUCCCAAAAGUGCUGCGUGCAUCCCCUUCUCUGCCAUCUAUCACACCCGUGGAUUCAAGGAGCCGGGCACACAGACCUACCUGACGGGAUGCCCCGUGCGUGUGCGUGUGCUGGAGGUGGAGCGCUUCACUUCCACCAAGAAGGUCCCAAGCCUCAACGUGUACACCAUCGAGCUGACCCACGGGGAGUUCAUAUGGCACGUGAAAAGGAAGUUCAGGCACUUCCAGGAGUUCCACCGGGAGCUGCUGCGCUACAAAGCCUUCGUUCGCAUCCCCAUCCCCACCAGGAGCCACACGGUGAGAAGACAAUCCAUCAAGAGGGGAGAGCCUCGGCAGAUGCCCAGCCUUCCACACACAGCCGAGAGCACGGUGCGGGAGGAGCAUUUCUCCAGCCGCAGGAAACAGCUGGAAGAUUACCUGACAAAGAUCUUAAAAAUGCCCAUGUACAGGAAUUACCAUGGAACGGUGAGUAGAAAUUAAUGCACUUCAAUGGCA